AUGAACAACCAGCCUCCUCACGGCCCCUCGGGGUUUGACCGCGAGCGCGAGAUCGAAGAGCAACGAAGAGCCCACGCUCUACAGCAGCAACAGGAGCUCGUCCAGCGUGAGCGAGAGCAGAACGAGCGUCAAGAGCGAGAGAGACAGCAUCGCGAACAUUACCAGCCUCCUCCACCCCAUCAGAACGACACCGCCUCAAUCCCUCUCCACCAGCCCGUUGCCUCCCGCCUACCCGGCGCCAUCCACAGCCCGGGCGGUCUGCUUGCAAACCACGGCGGUGCUCCUCCUCCCCCCUCAGGUCCCCUCGGCGCCCCAAGCGGGCCUGGCAAUGCCUUCGGGGGCCCUCUACACAGCGAAGCCAGUCGUUCGAUCCAGCAACACAAUCCUCAAAAUGGCCCGAACCAAAUCCAGCACCAACAAGGCUUCGGGCCCAACAUCCUACAUCAUAAUACUGCACCGCCGAGUGUCCCCAUCAACGCCUCUGGCGGGGCUGCUGUUGGGUUCAAUAGCACGCUACAGCAGCAGCAACAGCAGGAGGCGGUGUCUCGCUUGCAGCAGCUCCCCUUUGGAGGUCCGAUUCCUCAGGGGCAUCAGAUGCCUGGCGCUCCUGCGCUGGGCCAGGGAGGACAACAACCUAUAUUGAAUGAUGCUCUUAGUUAUCUUGACCAAGUUAAGGUUCAAUUCGCCGACCAACCUGAUGUGUACAACCGCUUUCUUGACAUUAUGAAGGAUUUCAAGAGUCAAGCUAUUGAUACUCCCGGGGUUAUCAACCGAGUUUCAGAGCUUUUCGCUGGCCAUCCGAACCUUAUUCAGGGGUUCAAUACCUUCCUGCCCCCAGGGUACCGUAUCGAAUGCGGCGCAGGGAACGACCCGAAUACCAUUAGAGUGACCACACCAAUGGGAACAACAGUGCAGUCGAUCACCGGAACUGGUCGAGCCCUUCCUGAAGCAGUGAUGGGCCAAGGUGGUGCUGGUGGCGGCUACUAUGGUGCGCAGCAACGUCAUGGCAACUGGCAGCAGCAGCAGCAGCAGCAGCAACAACAACAGCAACAACCACAGCACAGUAUUGAGAGCCCAGAAGCUGUGUUCAGUCCGCAAAAUCAGCCUGCUGGACCACCUACCUAUAAUCAGAACCAGCCUCAACACUCUAGCUAUGAAGCACAACAAGCUGCUGCUGCUGCACAUCAACAACAGCAAAGAGGGGUGUCACAACUUACAAAUGCUGUUGCCACUCUAGGUCAAACGCCGCGAAACACCCAGACUCCAACACCUGGCGGCCAACCUGGCAUGAACGGCGCUGGUGGACAGCAAGGUCUUGAGAAGCGCGGUCCUGUUGAGUUCAAUCAUGCAAUUAGCUACGUAAACAAGAUAAAGAACCGAUUUCAAAAUAGACCUGAAAUCUACAAGCAGUUCCUGGAGAUUUUGCAAACCUACCAAAGAGAGUCAAAGCCUAUUGGCGAUGUCUACGCGCAAGUAACACACCUCUUCAACACAGCCCCUGAUCUGCUAGAAGAUUUCAAGCAAUUCUUGCCUGAAUCAGCUGCCCACGCAAAGGCUGCUGCUGCCAAAGCCGCCGCAGAGCAAGAAGCAGCCGCCACGAUGUCCGGUGCCAACCAAACACCACAGACAUCGUACACUCGCGGAGAAGCAAAGAUGCCUCCCGUGGGUAACUUCGCUGUCCCUGCCAGUACCACCAAGGAAAGUAAGAAGCGUUCUCGACCUAACGCAGCUGCUCCCGUCGCGUCUCAGAUGGGUAUGAAUGGAGAAGGCUCUUCGAGGGGCCUUGGUCCAGGAGGAGCCGCAAAUAAGAGAACAAAGUUAAGCCACAACAAGCCAGUCGCAGCCGACGCUCCAGUUGUAGCACCGAGCUUGACUCCCAUUAUCCCAGAGCCCCUUCCUCCUACGUCUACUUCAGCUGCUACCCAGGAGGAGCUUGCCUUCUUCGAUCGCGUCAAGAAGUACAUUGGCAACAAGUCGACCAUGAACGAGUUCCUGAAGCUUUGCAACCUCUUCUCACAGGAUCUCAUUGAUCGCAACGUCCUUGUUCAUAAGGUCAGCUCUUUCAUCGGCGGAAAUCCCGACUUGAUGAACUGGUUCAAGGCCUUUGUCGGCUACGACGGCCACGACGAGGUCAUUGAUAAUAAGCCGAAGCCUCCUACUGGACGAGUUUCGUUGAGCAAUUGCAGAGGCCUUGGUCCUAGCUAUCGUCUUCUGCCAAAGAGAGAGCGGCUGAAGCCUUGCAGUGGACGAGAUGAGAUGUGCAACGACGUGCUCAAUGAUGAUUGGGCUUCUCAUCCAACCUGGGCAUCAGAAGACUCUGGAUUCGUGGCUCAUCGCAAGAAUGUCUUCGAGGAAGCCCUGCACCGAAUUGAAGAAGAGCGCCAUGACUAUGAUUUCAACAUUGAAGCCAACGCCAAGGUCAUCCAGUUGCUUGAACCCAUUGGACAGACCCUCCUCGCCAUGAGUCCCGAAGAGCGUCAGAAUUUCCGUAUGCCAAUUGGUCUUGGUGGCCAAAGUCAAGCCAUCUACAAGCGUGUGCUUAAGAAGAUUUAUGGUGAUAAGGGCCAAGCAGUGGCGGCGGAUCUUUUCAAGGAUCCUUGCGCGGUUCUUCCCAUUGUCCUGGCUCGUUUGAAGCAGAAGGAUGAAGAAUGGCGCUUUACACAGCGGGAGUGGGAGAAGGUCUGGCAUGCUCAGACUGAGAACAUGUACCUCAAGAGUCUUGAUCACAUGGGAAUCCAGGCCAAGCAAGCCGACAAGAGAAACCUGGCUGCCAAACACCUUGUUGAUGCCAUCAAAACGAAGCAUGAGGAGCAACGGCGCCAACGGAGCACCAGAGGCAGGAGCCAAAAGUACCAGUUUGCUUACGAGUUCAUGGAUCAAGGCGUCAUUGCAGACGUUCUACGCUUCAUGGUUUUAUACGCCAACAUCUCCACCCAGCAUAACAGCCAUGAGCGACAUCGUAUCUCCGAAUUCUUCAGCAAAUUUAUUCCCACCUUCUUCGGCCUGUCUGAGGAAGUCGUUGCUCAAUGCCUGAACAAUACCUCAUCCGAGAUCCCAGAUGAUGAGGAGUCUACCCCCACUGAGUUGCAGAAUGGUCGCGGUCGUCGCCUAGGACAUGCGCGCAAGACUGAUCUACGACGAGGUGUUCUUGACAAGAACCGAAAUGGCACUAGAGGCCGUGGGCAAAAAGAGGGCAGCGCCAACGGAAGCAAGGAGUCCACACCCGAUGCUGAAUCCCUUGGAGAGGAUGAGUCCGGUGAAGGUGCCGAUGAAGGUGUCAGAGAUGCCACCGACGAGCGUUGGGCUACCGUGCCAAAUGCCGUUGCAAUUAAUGGAACCAGAGAGCUUUCUGUUACGGAUCUCCAGCUGAAGGUCGAUCAGCCAUACCCGCGUGCCGAUUUCAAGCUGUACUGCAACCAGACUAUCUACGUCUUCUUCAGCGUCUUCCAGAGUCUAUACCGACGGUUGAAAGACAUCAAGGACUGCGAAGACGAGGCCAGACAGGAAGGAAUGCGUAUUGCGGAACUUAAGCCGGCACAUCGGGUUGGGCUGUUGGAAGUAAAAACCGACAGCUAUCCGUUGCCUCAUAAUAUUCCAAGCUACUAUGCGAAGACCUUGAUGCUGAUCGAAGACUUCAUCAAUGGCGAGGUCGAAGAGGCUAAAUACCAAGAUUACCUUCGUCAUUACUACUUGAAGAAAGGCUGGCAACUUUACACCAUCAUGGACCUCUUCAAGAGUCUCUGCAGAUUGGGUGCAACUUGCUCGAGCAUCGAUCCAAAGGAGAAGACACCAGAUCUUAUCGAGCAGUUCUAUCGGAACAGAAGCAAGAAUGAGACAACCUACACUGCUGAGAUCACUAUGCGCAAGCAAGCUGAUAAAUAUGUCAAAGAUGGCGAAUUGUUCUUGAUCCAUUGGUACCCGGCCCGAGCUGAUGUAACGUUGAAGUGGAUCCAGAGGGAUGAGACAACAUUCGAUCUCGAUGACAUGGAACGUAUGCAGCGUUGGCAAUACUACAUUUCCUCUUACGUCUGCAUCGAGCCUACUGAGGGCGUUCCGCGCAACCGUCUUCACAAGACCGUCUUGACCCGCAACCUCCCAUCCACCGACACCGACUCAGACGAGGCAUCUCAUCAGCUGAAGGCUCUAGUCUACAAGGAAGACCUGACCUUGCGAAUCUGUGUCAACACAUACAAGAUGAUGUACAAGCACCCUGGCUCCGAAUUCUUCAUCUACACAGACAAGCCCCUCGGCGACGAUCCUAAGACCAAAGUAAGCGCAGCUCGCGAACGUCUCCAGAAGUUCGAAGAUGCCAGAAAACAGCGGUUCAAGGAGAAGUUCGAGAUGAACAAUGCCUGGAUGAAGGGUCUCAACCACGACGAGGUCUCGAAGGUCACCAUGGAUUUCAAGAAGUGGACCGACGAGGGUGUCAUCCCCAGCACUGGUGCACCUGCCGCCUCUGCCGAUGUGGAAAUGUCAUAG